CUUACGCCCCCUUCCACGUCGACUUGCCCUAUCGCCAUAUUUCAACUCGUUGCCUCAAGAAAGGGAUAGUGAAGCCGGUUAAAUAAGUUAGCUAGAAAGCUAGUUUAAACCAGAAAAAGUUCUCAACAGUAGACUUUAGGGUCGUAAAAGUCAUUUUCACCGGUGUCAAAAGAAGGCAUCAGCUCUAGUAAUGAACAUCUUCAGGUUUACGGGAGACCUCUCUCACUUGGCAGCUAUCAUCAUUCUCCUGCUCAAAAUAUGGAAAACCAGGUCGUGUGCUGGUAUCUCCGGGAAGAGCCAGAUCCUGUUUGCUUUGGUCUUCACUACUCGCUACCUGGACCUACUCACCUCCUUCAUCUCCCUCUACAACACCACCAUGAAGGUGAUUUACAUCGGUUGUGCCUACGCCACUGUCUACCUGAUCUACAUGAAGUUCAAGGCCACCUACGAUGGGAACCACGACAGCUUCCGGAUGGAGUUCCUGGUGGUUCCUGUAGGGGGCCUCGCCUGCCUGGUCAACCAUGACUUCUCUUUCCUAGAGAUCCUGUGGACAUUCUCCAUCUACCUGGAGUCGGUGACCAUCCUGCCACAGCUCUUCAUGAUCAGUAAGACGGGCGAGGCGGAGACCAUCACCACCCACUACCUGUUCUUCCUGGGUCUCUACCGGGCCCUGUACCUCUUCAACUGGAUCUGGCGCUUUUACUUCGAGGGUUUCUUUGACAUGAUCGCCAUUGUGGCCGGCGUGGUGCAGACCAUCCUCUACUGCGACUUCUUCUACCUUUAUGUCACUAAAGUGCUGAAAGGAAAGAAGCUGAGCCUGCCAGCAUGAGAGGUUCAGAUGGAGACCCCGUGUCUCCCAGCAGACUCAGGGUGCGUGGAGAUGACAUCACGGAAGCCCGCCGAGCGAGCACAAGAUGCCUGAGAGACAGAGCAACUCAAGGGAAAAAACACUAGUCUUCUUCAUGAGUAACUUUGAACUUGUAAACAACAAACAGCUCCAGAACUGAAUGAGAGGUCAUCCCAGGUCUUCACGCGGUCUUCGGAUAUCUGUGUUUAGCAUCUUGCCUUACCUUUUCUCAUUGCUGUUCAAAAUAGAAAGAAACCAUAUUUUUUUCGACAUGUGAGGUGUGCUCUUUAUGAUGGCUCAACAUGCAUUGUAUCGAUUAGGGUUGACUCAAUGCAAAGUACCAUGCCAAACUUCUUAAUGAAAUGCACAAAUGUAGUCUUUAUGAUUAAGAUGGAAGCGAUGUGUCUAGGAGUGUUAGGUAAUGAUGAUUUUAUGUCUUACUAUUACAUUGUUGUUUUUACAUGACUACCCCCUUGGCCAAUUUAUUAUUCACAAGUACAUUUACUUAUCUGUUUUGUAGGUGCUCUUUCCUUUGGAGAUCCCAGUUUGUACUCCUGUCUUGAAAAAGUUAUCCUGCAAAGCCCACUUCCUGGUUCUUGUGUUCAUAGAUCCCUUUGCCCAAUUAUUUUUUUCAGUUGACCUUCUUCAUCUUGGUGUCCUCCGUUAUGUACGUACUUGCCAUUCUAAGAUGAAGUUCCCAUCUUAACAUGAUAAAUAUCACCUUUCACAUCACCAACCAAAAGAAGAGUUUAUUGCAUUACUUCGGCCUAGCCUCAGCUUGUUCAACAAUGGAUGAUUGUAAGUAAUUUAGGCGUCCGUAUCAGUAAAUGUGCUUCCUGAUAGGGCUAUUUGGUUUGUUUUCAACGCAGUCCUAGACUAAGGUUAAUUUGGUAUUGAUUGAAUACUGUAAUCGCCUUACAUGGUCAGUUGUCUGUUUAGCUGUUUAAAUAAAGAUGCAGUCAUUUGUCACAGAGAUAAAACACCCAUUGAAAUGUAAAUUAUAUUCUAGAACAGGGUUGAGGAAUGUGUGUGAUAUAUGGUGUUUGGUAUGGAUGCAUUUGAGUUAAAUGUUGAGAUUUGACCCAUUAUCCCAGCUAAGUACACCCCCAUAGCCUUUUCAUUUGAGUCAUUCCUAUAGCUUCCUUUUUAAAAGUUGCAUGAUACCUGGAUACCACCUCACCUCCAAUAAACGUUUUAUGAAAAAACA